AUCCACCACAAAUUCAACUAAAAAACAAUAUAUAUAAUUUAACAAUCCCAUUUACAAAUCAAAUAUUUCAAUAUUCAUCAUUAAAUUCAUUAUUUUCUCCAUCUCGUUUAUGGUCUGAUCCAGUUUCAUCUAUCUAUAAAAAUUAUAUUGAUGAAGUAAUCUCUAAACAUAUAAAGGAAGGAUAUAAUUUUGGUGCAUUGUUAAUUGAACCUAUUUUGAUGGGAGCAGGGGGAAUGAUAUUGGUAGAUCCAUUAUUUCAAAGAUUGUUGGUCAAGGGUGUUAGAGAGUUUAAUAGAUGGGGCAAUUUAAGAAAGGAUCAGGAAAGAGAGAAAUGUGAAGAUGAAAAAGAAUGGAAAGGAUUACCAGUGAUUUUUGAUGAAGUAUUUACAGGACUUUGGAGAUUAGGAAAAUUAAGUGGUGCAGAUAUUUUGGGAGUGAAUCCUGAUAUAGCUGCAUAUGCAAAACUCUUAACAGGUGGUUUGCUUCCAUUAGCUACCACACUUUCAACCGAAUCAAUAUUUAAUAAUUUUCUUGGGGAUACAAAAGUUGAUUCAUUAUUACAUGGACAUUCUUAUACUGCACAUCCAAUUGGUUGUAUGAUGAUUGGGAAGCUAUCAUGUUUACCAAAUGUCAAAGGACUAUUUGCUAUAGGAACAAUAUUAGCUAUUGAAUUGAAAGAUAUUGAUGGUGGUGGUUAUGCUUCAGAGGUAUCAUUAGAAAUCAUAAAACAAUUAUCAAAUUCAAAUUACAGUAAGGAUGAUAUCAAAAUAUUAUCAAGGCCAUUAGGAAAUGUAAUUUAUUUGAUUUCCUCUUUGAUUAGUGAACCUUAUAAUAUUAGGAGGUUAGAAAAGAAGAUGAAGAGUAGUAGUAGUUUCUUUUUGAGAAAUGGUAUUGUUUGCCAGCAAUAUUUAUCUAAAGAAAAUAAAGUCUUUGAGAUCUUUAUAUAA